AUGUCUGGGAACGUCUCUUCAUUCCGGGGUGUCCCUUACGCUGCUCCUCCGCUCGGUGAUCUGCGGUUCGCUCCUCCGCAGGCUCCUCAGCAGAUCCAGGGUGUCUACCGAGCCAUGGAGUACGGCGCCGCAUGCCCCCAGCAGGCGACACCGACUCCGCCCGGCUUGCCCUUCAGCUUCUCGUUCACCGACUCACCUAUUGCUGGGGUGCCGCCGAUCGCCAACAUAUCCGAGGACUGCUUAUUUGUAAACGUGGUCAAGCCGCAGGCAGCGACCCCCGGAGCGGAUCUGCCUGUGCUCUUGUGGCUCCACGGAGGUGGCCUCGAAAUUGGAUCGUCGUCGCUCUACCCCGGAGAGGAAAUUGUCGAGCGGUCGAUUGCCAUCGGCGAACCUGUCGUCUUCGUGUCCGCGAACUACCGUCUGAAUGCGUUCGGGUUUCUUGCGGGCGAGGAGGUCCAACAGGCGGGCCUUGGCAACAUAGGCCUUCGUGACCAACGCUUCGCCAUGCAAUGGAUUCAGUCGAAUAUCAACGCGUUCGGCGGCGAUGGCAGCAAGCUCAUCAUAUGGGGCGAGAGCGCGGGCGCGAUGUCAGUCGGCUUGCACAUGGUCUGGAACGACGGCAACACCAACGGGCUUUUCCGCGGAGGCUUCAUGGAAUCUGGCUCUCCCGGCGGCCUGUCCAACAUGUCAGCUGGCCAGCCGUACUAUGACUACAUCGUGCAGUUCACCGGCUGCGAGGGCCAGUCCGACACCCUGGACUGCCUGCGCCACGCCCCGUACGACCAGUUGAUGACCGCUGUGAACAACACGCCGAACCAAGCCGGAUACCGGAGCCUGAACACGGUAUGGAGCGCACGGAUCGACGGGAGCACCAUCACCAGGAACCCUCCACGCUCUCUCGAAAUGGGUCUCUUCGCAGACAUCCCGUUUGUGACGGGAGAUGUUGACGACGAGGCCACCAUCUUCAAUCUCGGGAACACCAACGUCACGACGGACGAGGAGUUUGUGCAAUAUCUCAAGUCAAACUUCAUGCCGGAAGCGACGGCCGAGGAUCUGAAUGCCAUCGCAAACGCCUAUCCGUCCGACCCACGUCUUGGAUCCCCCUACGACACUGGGUCUGCAGAUCAGCUCACUCCCCAGUACAAGCGGCUCUCUGCCUUCGGGGGAGAUUAUACGUUCCAAGCGCCUCGUAGGUUCCUCCUCGGUCAUUCAGCGGGUAGGCAAGAUACCUGGGCGUUCUUGUACAAGCGUAACAAGACCAUCCCUUACCUCGGAUCUCACCACAUGACGGACAUCCCAGAGUUCUUCACUGGUAUCGACUACAUUGGCACCGACGCACUCAUCAACUUCGCGUACAACUUGAACCCGAACGUCCCGAGCACACUGGCGCCGAACGUCAGCUACCUGUCUAACAUCACCUGGGAGCAGUGGAACUCCUCCACCUCUGCACCGCCCCUGUUCACCUUCUUGGAUCCUGCCCCGUCGGUCACGAUUUCGUCGGACACGUACCGUGCAGCCGCGAUGGAUCUUCUGAACGAGAUGACAGCUCGUAGUGCUUAGAACUUAGGUGCGUUUCGCUGCUAGUUAGAGUAUAGUAUGAAGGGCUAGGAAGCUGUUCAAUCGGGAUAAGAGGACAUUCAAUGACGUUUAUUGCGGCAUCUUCACUGUCAUC